ACAGAACUAGAGGACGAGGUAGAGCUCGUCGUGGCCGUGGAGCUGGGCCAGCUGGCAGGUCAUUUAUUGGUGGAAGAAUGAUAGCUGCAGGUCGGAGUGGUCCUCUCGGCAUCAAUGCUCGGCCUUCUUCUUUCACCAUUGCCAAGGCAAGCUUGGAUCUGUGGAUGUUUAACUGAGAUUCUGAUAGGCUCAUAUAAUUUCAAAUAUAAGAGGAUCUACUCGUGCUAUAGAAAAUGAAUAAUGAGAUCUCUUGUUUUGCAAUAGAAAUGAAACUCAGGAGGAUCCCUGAAUGUAUUAUACGUGGAGCAGCCAAAUUUGGUAGACCAUUAAUGUGCUCUUCCGACCUGUUGCUUUCGACUAGUGUGUUAUUGAUGACACUAGUAGUGGGAUAUUGAGGUUUAUGUUUUGCGGAAUGUGCGGCGAAACUCUUGCAGAAGUCUUGGUUCCACACUACAUAGCGCUUUCACCAACUUUUCUAAGGGAGCUUUAUCAUGUAUUCUUGGAAUGGAGCUCUACUUAGUAGGGAUGGCAUCACUUAUCUGGCGGCCCAAGUUGUCAAUACAAAUAUAUAGACCAAUUUUUGUGUAGAAUUGAUUUACUCUUUGAUGAACGGUUGUUUAAAGGGGGAGUUAUGGAUUUUCUCGCUAUGUGUGCAACAUCUCGGUGCAAGAUUCGGUUUUCUUCCAGUUUAUGGGCUUAUGCGAAGGAGGUUCCUUCCCUUAACUUCAGAAAUGGAGCACCUGUGGCAUAGUGCCAAUCCAUAUCAUGUGGUCCACUUCCAUCAUGCCCUACAUCAAUCUGUUGGCUUCAUUUGCCACUUUUGAUUGCUGGUUGUUUAAGCAUUGUCUAAUGGUUUCUCCUCCACUAAGAUCUACACGCCGGACGAGGAAUUUCCCAUGGCAGACUGCUUUGUUUGAAGAUAGCAUUAGAGCUGCUGGUAUACAAGGAGUAGAGAUUGGAACAAAAUUAUAUGUUUCCAACUUGGACUAUGGAGUUACAAAUGAGGAUAUAAGGGAACUGUUCUCUGAAAUUGGAGAUGUGAAGCGAUAUGCAGUGCACUAUGAUAAAAAUGGUCGCCCCAGUGGGUCAGCUGAGGUAGUUUACACCAGAAGAAGUGAUGCAUUUGCAGCUCUUAAGCGGUACAACAAUGUUCUUCUAGAUGGGAAACCUAUGAAGAUUGAAAUUGUGGGUGCUAAUGCUGACAUUCCUGUUUCUGCUCGUGUUAAUGUUACUGGAGUUAAUGGGAGGAGGAAGAGAACAGUUGUUAUGAGGCCAGUGAUGGGUGGUGCUAGAGGUCCUCCUCCUGUAAAUCGAGGGACUGGCAGAGGCCGUCGCGGAGGUUUUGGGAACAUUCGCGGCCGUGGCCGUGGCCGUGGCCGAGGCCGUGGCCGUGGUCGUGGCCGUGGAAAUGGAAAUGGAAACAGACCACCUGUUGAGAAAUCUGCUGAUCAGCUUGACAAAGAGUUGGACAAUUAUCAUUCAGAAGCCAUGAACACUUCUUGAGCUGAGCUUCUUGGCAAACUGAUGCAUCAGAGCUGUAGUUACCGUUUUUCAGUUUUAGUUGUAAAAUGUAGUCUCUAGUUUUCUGGAAGGAACAGUAGUCGUGAAUGUGUUCAGGCUGGAUUUACGUGGUGUGCUUGAAAUCAGUCUUUGUUCAUAUGUAAGAUUGGAUUUGUGAUUUGGAUCUUUUGAAAUUUAGUCUUUGGUUGCAAUCAUUUGGCAUGUUCUCACAAUGUGCUUGUUAUCUAAAUGUCGGAUGUCGGGA